UUAUAGGAUUUGGUGUAGGCCACAUGCGUGAUACCAAAACAAAAGGGAUAUGGGUAUGGGGAAUGCCAUUAGAAUUAGUUAUAGACGGGGUUAAAACAUCUGUGCUUUACCUUGACACAGAAGGAUUUGAAAGCAUUGGGAAGUCAAAUGUAUAUGAUGACAGGAUCUUUGCUUUGGCAACUGUCAUGAGUUCUGUGCUUAUCUACAAUCUACCUGAGACGAUCCGUGAAGCCGAUAUAUCUAGGUUGUCAUUUGCUGUUGAGCUUGCAGAAGAAUUCUAUGGAAGAGUGAAGGGGCAAGAUGUUGCAUUUGAGCCUGCCAAGUUGUUAUGGUUGAUUCAGCGGGACUUCUUACAAGGGAAAAGUGUACAGCAGAUGGUAGAUGAAGCUCUUCAGCGGGUCCCUAAUUUAGAUGGUGACAGAAAUAUUGAUCAGGUUAAUCAGAUUCGAGAAUCACUGGCCGUUAUGGGUGAUAACAGCACAGCCUUUAGCUUACCUCAGCCUCAUCUCCAGCGAACUCAACUUUGUGACAUGAAGGAUGGUGACCUUGAUCCAACUUAUAUUAAGAAGAGGGAGCAGUUGAAAGAACUUGUUGCUUCUAUCAUUCGUCCAAAAAUUGUUCAGGGUAGAUCUCUAAAUGGAAAGGAGUUUGUAUCUUUCUUGGAGCAGAUUCUUGAAGCAUUGAACAAAGGAGAGAUCCCUUCCACAGGUUCUCUUGUUGAGGUUUUUAAUAAGGGGAUUCUUGAGCGGUGCAUGAAGCUAUACAGUCAGAGGAUGGGUGAGGUUGGGCUACCACAAUCAGAGCAAUCUUUGCAACAGGCCAACCAUGCAGCACGAGAAGAAGUAAUGAAGGUCUUUGAUGAGCAGCAUUUCGGUCGCCACCAUGCUAAGAAAUCAGUUGCUAAACUGGAUGAAGAAGUACGAGAGGCAUACAAGAAUUUUAUUCUGGCAAAUGAAUAUCAAUCUUCGAAGCUGUGCGAGGCACUGUAUAUUAAGUGUGAGGACAAAAUGGACCACCUUCAAGCCCUCAGGCUUCCUUCCAUGGCAAAAUUUAAUGCAGGUUUCCUGCAUUGUAAUCAAAGCUUUGAGGCAGAGUGUGUAGGGCCUUCAAAAAUGAGCUAUGAGCAACGUAUGAUAAAGAUGAUGGGCAAAUCCCGGUCUCUGUUCAUCAAAGAAUACAACCACAGGCUCUUCAAUUGGCUGGUGGCAUUCUCCCUUGUAAUGGUGGUGGUGGGCCGGUUUGUUAUAAAGUUUAUUUUGCUUGAGAUUGGAGCUUGGAUAUUAUUUGUCUUCUUGGAGACAUACACGAGAAUGUUCUGGUCAGCCGAGUCACUUUACUACAACCCUGCAUGGCAUUUUAUUGUGGCAACUUGGGAGACACUAGUUUAUAGCCCUAUUCUUGAUCUGGAUAGAUGGGCCAUUCCUAUUGGUUUUAUGCUAAUGCUAUUAGUUCUUUACUGGCGGUGUUAUGGGAAGAGGAAACAUGGGGCUCGGUGGCUGUUGCCUCUGUACUAUGACCACAAAAGUGGCUUAAAUCAUCAGAGAUCUGACUAAAAAAUUCUUUACAAGAUCAAUUUGGGGUGUGGCAAAGCCAUAAAUGUAGUAUGUCCAUUCACCAUUCGUCUCUGUGGGUGAGCCCUUAACUUUUUUUGCACUUGGGAGGCUGCCUGGAUUUUGGUGUUUCUGAUCAAAUCCUUUUGACAGGUUUGAUAAAAAAGGAAGUGUAAGGAUGAGAUGAUGAUUGGAGAUGAGGGAGCCUAAUCAUUUAACUGUAGCAUCUAGUGUGGUUUCAAGCUUUCCAACUGCAGUCAUGAAUUUGAUUGUUUUGGUUGUACAUGGCCUUCCCUUGGCUUACGGAAUUUUAUUGAUUUUAAAAUAUGGCAGGAGGUAGCAGUUGUUCCUUGGGUUGUAUGCAGGUUAUGGGUUUACAGGUGGUCUGUAUGGAAUGGUAAUCACUUUGUUUCUGAUGUGGUUUGGGUCCCCAAUCCUUUGAAUGAUCGACGAUGGUUCAUCCUCUGUUGCACUAUUUGUACUGGAAUUUUAUUAAAACUACUUGCGUAUAGAAACAUGUUAUAGCAAAUGAAAUUAUCUGAUUGUCAUUUUUUUC